AAUUUCCGAACUCAGAACGAAAGUUGCCGAUGUUGGUUGCGGUAGUGCCUUGCGCCUUGGUGGUUUAACGCCGUGAAUUCUCUGCUAUAACGUCACAGUGAAGUAUGUGCUCCCAAGUGUAGAAAAUGGCUGCGCUCUCCGCUUCCCCGGGACGUAAAUACGGCCUGUGGAUUGGCCUAAUCGUGUUUUUUGUGAAUAUAUUAAACGUGUUGACAAUAACGUGCUAUUGCGAUGGCAAUUGUCCGAACAACGUACAAAAUGGCACGUGCACAUUGAAACCUGGUGGUCAGUGUUUCAGUCAAGUGGAGGAAUUUCUCGAUCCCGAGAGUGAGGAAUAUUUAAUUGAAGAAUCAUUUGGCUGUUUAGCACCGGAGGAAAAUAGUUUUAUGCAAUGUAAAGCAAAUCUAGUGCCACAUUCACGUGGCAAAAGUAUUUAUUGCUGUAAUGAUACGGAUUUUUGUAAUGAGAAAAAAAUACCACAAAUAAUACCGAGAUCAACAAUUGCCCCGGAUCCGAUAGCAAUCGCUUCCGGGGCACCUCUCAUUGUUCUUGCGGUGACAUUAUCAAUUUGCCUGAUGAUAUUUAUAAUGGCAAUGAUUCUCAUUUAUCAGCGUUAUCGUAGGAAAGAAAGGGGACCGUGCUUGGUUUCUAAUCAGGGGACACUCAAGGAUCUUAUUGAGCAGACAAGUGGUUCGGGCUCGGGUCUACCACUUUUGGUGCAACGAACAAUAGCAAAACAAUUGGCACUGUCGCAGUGCGUUGGUAAGGGACGUUAUGGUGAGGUUUGGUUGGCAAGAUGGCGUGGCGAGAAAGUGGCGGUUAAAGUGUUUUUCACAUUGGAGGAGGCGUCGUGGUUUAGGGAGACGGAAAUUUAUCAGACUGUUCUUAUGAGGCACGAUAAUAUUUUGGGUUUUAUUGCGGCUGAUAUUAAGGGUACGGGCUCGUGGACGCAAAUGAUGCUGAUAACGGACUAUCAUGAGAGGGGCUCGUUGCAUGACUAUCUUCAGACAACUGUUCUCGAUCAUACGACAUUGUUGGCUAUUUGCUUGUCAAUUGCGUCGGGAAUUGCGCAUUUGCAUACGGAGAUAUUUGGAACGCGUGGCAAACCGGCUAUUGCUCAUCGUGACAUCAAGACGAGGAAUAUUCUCGUCAAGAGGAAUGGCGAGUGUGUUAUUGCUGAUUUUGGACUCGCUGUGCGAUUUUUGAGCGAAAGUGGAGAGAUUGAUAUUGCGCCAAACACACGAGUUGGUACAAGACGUUACAUGGCGCCGGAAGUAUUGGACGAGUCGUUAAAUACGUCGUCGUUUGAUGCAUUCAAAAUGGCGGAUAUGUAUUCAGUGGGUCUUGUAUUGUGGGAGGCAUGUAGACGAUGUGCCACCGGUGGAAAAGUGUCGACGGCAGAGCCGUACGCACUGCCAUAUCACGACGUUGUUCCCAAUGAUCCCGAUUUCGAUGACAUGAGACUUGCAGUUUGCGUCAAAAGGCUGAGGCCCAUUAUACCCACACGAUGGGAAAAUGAUCCCAUUCUAUUUGCCCUGGGUAAAUUAAUGGCCGAAUGCUGGAAUAAAAAUCCACUUGUACGACUAACUGCUCUUCGAGUGAAAAAAACAAUGUCAAAAUUACACAUCGAUAAUGCCAUAAAAAUUGUUUAAGUGCGCUCAUUUAUUAAUUUUUCCAUUACUUUUUUUUUGCUCUCCUCUCUCAUUCUUCUUUUUUUUCUCCCUUUCACCAUCUCUAUCACUCUCUUUCUCACUCACUCACUCUUUUUCUAUUAUUUAUAUAUAAAUAACAAAUUGUUUUUUGAGAGGAGAAAACAAAAAAAAAAGUGGAAAAAAUUUCUUCUGUAAAUAGUCUCUCCCACUCUUCUAAGUAAAAAAAAAUGUGUAAAUAUUCUCGAUAACAGACUGUUGCCUGAAGACUGAAAAAAAACUGAAAUUUAUAAAUAGAUUAUAAAUAGGUGAGGCAAUUUUGUGUGUGAAUGAUGAUUGCACGCGUUUUAGAUUUUUUUUUGACUUUACUUAAAUAUUAUAAAUUUUAUUUCGCGAGUCGAGUUUACUUUUUUGCCUUCUUUUUUUUUGUUGUUGUAUAUAUAUAUUUUUUUUGUAAUUUUUUUCUCUGGAGGACUCAAUCAAGACCGGCAUAUUAAUUGUUUUCUCUUUAUAUAAUUAUAUAUAUAUAUAUUGUAUUUUUUUUCGCGAAUUACAAUGACGAGCCAGAUUGACUUCGAAAUACCUCAAAUGUAAUUAUUAUUAUUAUAAUAAUUA